AUGCGACUCGACGUCAAGGUUGAUAGAAACAUUGCUGACCAAGAUAUUUUUGAUAUAGAGGCAGCUCUUUGCCCGCUCCGAGCGGGUGAAGGGAAUCGGUACGCUCACGACGUUCCCCGCGCAGAGCUCGAAACAACAUCGAAGGACGCCACUCUGACACCUUUUCUUAUUGCAGACUUCCACCCAACGGAGCCCUGGAUUCUGACAACCCUCUACAGCGGUCACGUCUACAUCUGGUCUUAUGAAUCACAGUCCAUUAUCAAAACUUUCGAACUCACCGACGUUCCCGUUCGAGCUGGUCGUUUUAUUGCCCGGAAGAAUUGGAUUGUUUGCGGCUCCGAUGAUUUCCAGCUCCGUGUCUACAAUUAUAACACCUCCGAAAAGAUCACAUCCUUUGAGGCGCACCCAGAUUACAUCCGGUCAAUCGCUGUUCACCCCACCCAGCCCUAUGUUUUGACCGCAAGUGAUGACAUGACCAUCCGAUUGUGGGACUGGGAGAAAGGUUGGAAAUGUGUUCAAGUCUUCGAGGGCCACAGCCACUACGUGAUGGGCAUGGCUAUUAACCCCAAGGACACCAACACUUUCGCGACUGCUUGUCUGGACCGGACUGUGAAGAUCUGGAAUCUUGGCUCUCCCCAUGCAAACUUCACAUUGGAGGCUCACGAGACGAAAGGAGUGAAUCACGUUGACUACUACCCGGGCUCGGACAAACCAUAUCUUCUUACAACCUCAGAUGACAAGACAGUCAAGGUCUGGGAUUACACGACCAAAGCCCUCAUUGCGACCCUGGAAGGUCACACGAGCAAUGUCUCUUUCGCUUGCUACCACCCCGAGCUUCCCGUCAUCAUCUCUGGUUCUGAAGAUGGGACAAUUAAGAUCUGGCACGCCAACACCUACCGCCUUGAGCAGUCAUUGAGCUACGGUUUGGAACGAGCAUGGUGUGUUUCGUACCAGCCGGGCCGACAGGGAAUCGCAAUGGGUUUCGAUGACGGUGCCGUGGUUGUGAAAAUGGGACGCGAGGAACCUGCUGUGUCAAUGGACGGAUCGGGCAAGGUCAUCUACGCCAGGCAUAGCGAGGUUGUCUCAACUGUCAUUAAGGGAGAUGCUGGCGUGAAGGAUGGCGAACCCAUUAUGCUUCCCACCAAGGAUCUUGGACAGUGCGAGAUUUAUCCUCAAACAUUGUCUCACAACCCCAAUGGUCGCUUCGUUUCGGUUUGUGGAGACGGAGAGUACAUCAUUUACACCGCCCUUGCCUGGCGUAACAAAGCUUUCGGUUCCGCCCUCGAUUUCGCCUGGGGUUCCAAGGAUAAUAGUAACGACUACGCUAUCCGCGAGUCCGCUACGAGUGUGAAGAUCUUCAAGAACUUCAAGGAGCAACCGGGCGGUCUUGACGUUGGAUUCCAAGCCGAAGGCCUAAGCGAUGGUGUCCUACUUGGUGUCAAGGGACAAGGUGGCAUUGGUCUCUUCGACUGGGACACCGGCAGCCUGGUCCGCCGAAUCGAGGCUGACCCGAAAUCUGUCUACUGGUCCGAAUCUGGCGAACUCGUUACUCUUGCCUGCGAGGACGAUUUCUAUGUUCUUCGCUACUCUCGUGAGGCUCACAUCGAGGGAAUUAACAAUGGCGAGGCUGACGAAGAUGGUGUGGAGGCUGCCAUGGAACUUGUUGCUACCAUCAACGAGACCGUCCGUACUGGUGAGUGGGUUGGUGACUGCUUCAUCUACACCAACUCCGCCAACCGCCUGAACUACCUUGUGGGAGACCAAACGUACACAAUCUCCCACUUUGACCAGCCCAUGUAUGUGCUGGGUUAUCUGCCCCGUGACGGACGGAUCUACCUCGCCGACAAGGACGUCAACGUUGUCUCAUUUGCUCUUUCCUUGGCUGUCCUGCAAUAUGAAACCCUUAUUCUGCGAGGCGAGAGUGAAGCGGCCGAGGAGGUGCUGCAGGAUGUUCCUGAAGACCAAAUGAAUAAGAUUGCCCGGUUCCUCGAGGGACAAGGGUACAAGGAGCAGGCUCUUCAAGUUGCAACCGAUCCAGAGCACCGAUUCGACUUGGCACUUUCAUUGAAUGACCUGGAAACUGCUUUGGAGAUUGCCCGUGCUGCCAAUGUCGAGCACAAGUGGAAGGCCAUUGGUGACGCUGCUUUGGCCAGCUGGAACCUUGCUCUGGCGCAAGAAUGUUUCUCUCAAGCCAAGGAUGUCGGCUCGCUGUUGCUGCUGCACACAGCCUCAAAUGACCGGGAAGGUCUUCGCGCGCUCGCUGCCCAAGCUUCAGAGUCUGGCCUCCACAACGUUGCCUUUUCCACGCUCUGGUCCUUGGGUGAUAUUGAUGGCUGCAUUGAUCUCCUCGUGAAGACCAACCGUCUCGCUGAAGCUGUUCUCUUCGCUCAGACUUACAAGCCCUCGCGCGCUCCCGCUCUCGUGGUGCAGUGGAAGACCUCCCUUGAAGGAUCUGGUAAGACCAAGGUGGCCCGCUUGAUCGGAGUUCCUCCCGGUGCCCCCGACAUCAUCUCGACUGACGAUGAUCUCUUCCCCGAGUGGGACGAGUAUAUUCGUCUCGAGAAAGAGGGAUCCGUCCCCGCUCAACCUUCCUCUGAGUCUUUGAUCGACAUCAACGGCGAAGAGGAGAAGGAGACGACCACAAACGGCGUGUCUGAGAAGGAGGAACAAGAAGAAGAGGAAGAAGCCGACGUCGAGGCCGAGACUGAAAGCGACGCUGAGGAUGAUGAGUAA